AUGCAUCUCAAUUCCACCGACGGCAUCCGUGGUAAUUGGGAGGUCUGGGUGACCAACCGCAGCUCCACGAUAGACUGGCGCAGCACCUACAGGGGCUCCGAAGAAGACUCCUCCACAGAAAGCAGUUCCAUCAACAGCCUCAGCGAUCACGGCCAAGCCUACACCCAAGAAAGCGCCUACCAAGAAGAAGAAGAAGAAGAAGAAGAAGAAGAAGAAGAAGAAGAAGAAGAAGGAUAGCCUCGAUCUCAAUAAUGGUAAACUCGAGAAGAUAUGGCUGAGAGGGAGGGGAACGAAUCUUCAGGGCCCAUCGCCUAUGCCAGAGGCUAAGCCUGACGAUGAGGAUCCAGACAGCGAUCACAAUGUUAUUUAUGGAGAUGGCAAGCCAUAUUUCAACUCAAAGUGCCUCGCAUCAGAAAAGGACGGCAUCUCAGACAUGAACAGUGUUCUCACUUGA